CAAUCUCUCAUCUUGCAUUCACUCUCUCUCUCAAGCAUCCUAAAACGCCCUCAUCAUGUCGGACGACGACGAGCGCUACAACUCGGAUGUGGGAUCGGACGACGAAGUUGAGGUGCAGCGCCCCAAGAAGCGCGCGCGCAUUGCAGACCCGGAUGAGGAAGACGAAGAUGACAUGGAGCCUGUCCCCACGCACCAGGGCGGAGAUGAGGGUGGCGAUGACGAUGAAGACGAGGAGGACGAGGAGGACGACGAAGAUGAUGACGAGGAUGAGGACGACGAGGAGGCGGCGCCUCGCAAGAAGCACCGUAAACGCAAGGCAGCGAACCGCUUCCUCGAUGUCGAGGCUGUAGUUGACGACGAUGAAGAGGAAGAGGACGAGGACGACGACUAUGGGGAUGUCCGCGAGUUCAUUGAGGAGGGAGCAGACGUCGGCGCCACGGACGACAUCCACCAUCGCACUCUCAACCGCAACCUCCACCGCGAGGAGGAGGAGAAUGUUGAGGAGAUGGUUGCUGCGCUGAAGGAGCGCCACCGCCGACAGGCACGCUACAAUGCCGACAGUGACCAGGUGCCACAGCGUCUUCUCAUGCCUGGCGUUGACGACCCUAGCCUUUGGCAGAUCCGUGUCAAGGCUGGUCGCGAGCGUAACAUCACCGUCUCCAUCUUCCGCAAGGUGUUUGAACACAAGCAGAAGGGCAGCGAUAUCGGCGUGUCGUCCGCCUUCUACCGCGAUUCACUCCCAGGCCUGCUAUUCCUGGAAGCGCGCACCUCGUCAGCUGUGCAUGAUGCUGUGAACGGCAUUGUGGGCGUGUACCUCACGCGUGGCAUUCAGCUUAUCCCGAUCGAGGAGAUGGCGCCACUUCUUCGCAUCAAGAAGAAGGAGAUUAACCUCCAGCCAGGGAUGUGGGUGCGCCUGAAGCGUGCGAAGUACACCGGAGACCUAGCGCAGGUUAUCGACGUCGAUCAGAUCACGAGCGGUAUCGUUGGCAUCAAGUUCAUCCCUCGCAUCGACUUGACCCCCAGGGAGGGUCGUGACCGCAACGCGAAAGGUCUUGGCGGCGCGGUGCGCCCCCCUCAACGUCUAUUCAAUUAUGACGACGUCAAGCGAGUGUACGGCCGCGGCAACGUCCGCUCGAGCGGCGGCUCCUACAUCUUCGACGGCGAAGAGUACAUCGACGGAUUUUGUGUCAAGGACAUCAAGAUUCCCCUGCUGACCACCGAGGGCGUUCAGCCUACGCUCGAGGAGGUCUCCAAGUUUGCCGGCGACGACUCGGGGACCGGCAAGCUCGACCUGUCCACCAUCGCCGAUGCGAACCGCAAUAUAUCCGCUGGCGUUCUCUCCCCUGGUGACCAGGUGGAGGUGCACGAGGGCGAACUCGCCGGCAUGUAUGGUACUGUUGAGACCAUUGCCGGCGAUACCAUCUCCAUCCGCGCAAUCGGCGGCGCCAUCCACAACCAGGUCGUCGAGGUACCCGCUUCAAGUGUGCGCAAGAAGUUCGAUGUCGGUGAACAUGUCAAGAUCAUGUCCGGCAAGAACGCCGACGUGUCGGGUAUGAUUGUGGACGUGAAGGGCGAUGUCGUGACAAUUCUCGCCGACCAAAACCGCGAGGAAAUUCGUGUCUUCUCCAAGGACGUGCGCAAGGCCGCGGAUGUAAGCUCGACUGCGACGGCGACCCUUAGCCGCUUCGAGGUGCAUGAUCUAGUCAUGCUCGACUCCACUACCGCCGCUGUCGUUACGAAAAUUGAGGGCAAGAAUCUUCGAAUCGUCGACCAGAACGGCCUGGGGCGCUUGGUGGGCACCAACGAGGUGACGCUGCGCCGCGACAAUGCGCGCUUUGCGGUCGCAACAGACUCGACCGGCAACGAGAUGAAGGUUGGUGACGCGAUGAAGGAGGUCGAUGGCGAGAACCGCCGCGGCGAGGUUAUCAACAUCUCGCGCUCGCUCUUCGUAUUCCUCCACAACCGCGAAUACCCAGAGAACAAUGGCGUUUUCGUUGCGCGUGCUCAAGCGCUCGUUUCUGUGACGCCCAAGUCGGUCUCCGCCGAUCUGACGAAGAUGAACCCCGCCUUGAAUGCACAGCUUCCUCUUGGCGGGGCGAGCCUCAUGCCCCCUCCUCCGACCGUCGGCAAUCGCCGGAUCAUCAACACACCUGUCGUCGUCACGCGCGGCUCCUCAAAGGGUCUCCUGGGCACAAUCAAGGACGUGGUUGGGGCCGAUAAGGCCCGUGUCGAGCUGCAGACGAACAACAAGACAAUCACGGUGCUGACGACCUGGCUGAAGCGCAAGGACCCAAAGACAGGUGUGACAUACCCUUUGGAUACUGGCACUGGCGGCUACGGUGGGGGUGGGGGCUACGGUGGCGGCGGCGGUGGCAGCGGCGGCUAUGAUGUUGGACCAUACGGCGGUGGAGCGAUGAACGGCGGCCGCACCCCCGCGCCGGGUGGACAAUUCGGUAAAACGCCCAACCCGUAUGCUAUGGGCAUGGGUAAGACGCCCAACCCGUACGCCGCGGGAGGCAAGACUCCCGGUGCUUCGUGGGGUGCGGGCGGCAAGACGCCUGCGCCCGGCUUCGGUGGAGCAGGUGGCAAGACCCCAGGAUGGGCAGGCGGCGGCGGCAAGACGCCCGCUUGGGGAGGUGCUGGGGCCGGUGGGCGCACCCCUGCUCCCGGGUACGGGGCUGGGGGACGCACGCCCGCUCCCAGCUACGGUGACGGCGGCCGCACUCCUGGUUGGGCCGGCGCCAGCGGCGGGAAGACUCCUGGCCCUUACUCUUCGGCGCCAACCCCAGGUGUCUACAACGAUCCAGGCACAUCCAAGCCGAUGUCCGCGCCGACCCCUUGGUCUGGACCGUCCUCGUACUCGGCCCCCACUCCUGGGGCCGCUCUCUCGGCACCAACCCCCGCGCCCGUUUUCAGCGCACCCACGCCGGGUAUGUACUCCGCGCCCACCCCAGGUGCUGCGCUGUCAGCCCCCACGCCCGGUGCAGCACUGUCGGCCCCAACACCAGGGUACGGCCUCUCGGCGCCUACGCCCGGCGGCAUGGGCGGGCCGACACCAUUUGGCGCGCCGACGCCGUUCGUAAGCGGAGGUGGAAACAUGGCAGAGGCGACCUCGGGAAGGAACUGGGACUGGGCGCUCGACUUCCGCAACGUGCUCGUGCACGUCGGGCCCUCGCAGCGUCCCGGGACCCGCAACCCCCGUCACUUCCAGCGCGGCGCAUACGACGACGCGACGCUCGGCAUCGAGGACACGGUGGGCGACGAUGCGCGCUGUGUUGUCGUCAGCGGCGCCGAGGAAGGCAAGCAGGUCGACAUCCCUGCCGAGUAUCUCGUGCCGGUGCGCCCGGACGGGUCGGGGCAAAGUGUCAUUGCAGUCUCGGGCGACCACCGCGGCACGCAGCGGCGGACGCAAUACAAGAACGACGAUGUGUGGCUGCUCGAGCAGGAGUCGGUCGACGUCGUGCCGCUCUUGAUCGAGGAGGUCGAUCUCGCGCGUAUCUGGCAGGAGCCAGAGUACUGAGGGAGAGUGCUUCAUUGUUAGUGGAUUGUAUGCAUGGUUCGGAUUAUUUGUGCAGGAG